UGGUCAUGUGACCACAUAUUUUUGAAGAGGCAUCCAUUUCGAUCAUCCUGCAAAGAAGGGAGUCACAUGGCUUGAGAGACCAAAAUCCAUCAUGCCACGCACAUACAAAAGGAAGACAGACAGGGUUUCAACUCCUCUUGAGGAGUUGGAAAGAGCAGUGAAAGAGGUGCAACAGGGGAAGACCAUACGUCAGGUUGGAAAGGAGAUGAAGAUCUGCAGGAUGACCAUAAAAAGACAUAUGGAUAAGAAAAAAAUAGGAGAAGUAACAAAGCCAGGCUAUGAAAGAACAGCAGUCGCCAAACGAGUCUUCAAUGAGAACAUGGAGAAAGAGCUGGCUGACCAUAUUAAGACACUAGCAGCAAUGUUUCAUGGCAUAGGUGUCAUGAAAUGCCGUGAACUGGCUUUUGAGUUCGCACAAAGAAAUAGCAUUGACAUGCCUGCCAGCUGGACCAGAGACGAAAAAGCAGGACCUGAUUGGUUCAACGCCUUUAAAGCACGCUACCAUUUGGCAUGCCGCGUUCCUGAAGCAACCUCUCUUGGAAGAGCUACUGCCUUUAAUAAGCACAACGUGGGGGAGUUCUUUGAUAACCUCUCUAAAGUGAAGGACAGGGACAUCUUCCCGGAAGAAGACUAUGCACCAUCAAUGGUGACAGACAGGGCAAAUCCAGAAGAUGAACCCAGUGCCACUGCUGACCUGCCUGGAGAAGAGCCCUCCACCAGUGCAGCUGCUCACCUGCCUGGAGAAGAGCCCUCCACCAGUGCAGCUGCUCACCUGCCUGGACCAUCUCAUGAGCCAACACAUGUCACAGCAGAUCCAGACCCAGGAGAGCCACCUGCCACUCUGACAAAUCCCGAGCACUUAUCAAGUGACAAAUCUGGUUCUUCUGCUCACUUGGGUUAUGUGUCUCCAGAAGUCAUUCUUCCCUUGCCAAAAGCCACAGAAAGAAAAAAAAAAUGUGUAAGAAAGAAAGUGAAAACAAGAAUCGUGACCGACACACCUGAGAAGAUGGAGUUGGAGAAGGCUCACAAAGAAAAAGAAGAUAAAAAGGCUGAACAGGAAAAGAAAAAGAAUGAAAGAGAGAAGAAAAGGGCUCUGAAAGCUGCAAAUCAAACCAAAACCAAGAAGAAAACAGCUGUGUACAGUAGCUCAGAAGAAAGCUCCACCACCAAUGAUGAGGCAGAAGAUGGUCUGGAGAAGACACACAGCAGAGAAAAGGAACGGGCUGAGAAGAAGAAAAGGAGUGGAAAUAAGAAGGGGGCUCUGAAAGGGUCAAAACCAACCAAGCCCAAAAAGAAAGUGCUCUCCAGUAGCUCAGAAGAGAGUGACUUUCCGAUUCCACUUAGCGAUACCACUCAUUAUGAGAGUUCAGAUGUCCAGAGUGAUGAUGAUGAUGGUGACAAGGAUCUGUCUGCUGGUGACUUUGUCAUUGUGAAGUUUGCAGGUAAAAAAUCCAAAUGCUAUAACUAUGUUGGAUUGGUGGAGAAUGUUGAAGGUGACGAGAUCAGUGCAAAGUUUCUGAAGCAAAGUUAUAAGAGGUCUGUUGAUGGAAAGCCCAUCUUCACAUUUAGAGAGAAUGAUGAAGGAGUCAUCCCUAGAGGUGAUGUGCUCAAGAAACUACCCACACCACAAAAACUUGGUGGUACAGCCAGAAGGGAGUAUAAAUUCACAUUCCCCUGCAGCAUUGACAAGUGGGAUGUUCAGUAGUAGGCCGAAUCUGUGAAGAGAUUCAGAUGCAGAUGAUUUGCUGCUCAUUUUUAAAGUGGCCUUUGAUGUUGUUAAAACUUUAAAUAAACAUUAAAUAAAUAAUUUUGUAUUGAA